GUCGGGGAUGUCUGUAGUGGGCCAGCCACACCCUUCCCGUUCUAGCGGCAGAGCCUACAGCUCCGAAGCCUGAUUGCCGCGACCCGCUCAGUUUCCAGACCCCGCUGGCUGAGGACGCAGUGGGUGGCGACAGCGUCCGGGCUCACAGGCGCUUUUAGCGACGCUCCCCGGCGUUGACAGCGGGUGGUGCGAGCGGCCGCGUACUUUGGUGACGCUCCCUGGCGGUGACAGUCGGGGCGGGGCAGCGGCGCGGCGGCCUCAUUCUGAGGCGGGCGGGCGCUGAGCGCGGCGCGGGCGCGGGCGGGACGGACCGGCGCCUGCCUCGGGAUGCCGCUCGACGCGCCGCGGUCCUUGGUCCUGUGAGCGCCGCUCGCCGCAGCCAUGACGGUGGAGUUCGAGGAAUGCAUCAAGGACUCGCCGCGCUUCAGGGCAACCAUUGAUGAGGUAGAAACAGAUGUGGUUGAGAUCGAAGCCAAAUUGGACAAGUUGGUCAAGCUGUGCAGUGGCAUGAUCGAGGCUGGCAAAGCCUAUGUCACCACCAACAGACUCUUUGUGAGUGGAGUCCGAGACCUGUCCCAGCAAUGCCAGGGUGACACUGUCAUUUCGGAAUGUCUGCAGAGAUUUGGAGACAGCCUACAGGAGAUGGUCAACUACCACACGAUUCUAUUUGACCAGGCUCAGAGGUCUGUGCGGCAGCAACUCCACAACUUUGUCAAAGAGGAUGUGCGGAAGUUCAAGGAGACAAAGAAGCAGUUUGAUAAAGUGCGGGAGGACAUGGAGUUGUCUUUGGUGAGGAAUGCCCAAGCCCCAAGGCACCGGCCCCAUGAAGUAGAGGAGGCCACAGGUGCCCUCACCCUCACCCGGAAGUGCUUCCGCCACUUGGCACUGGACUAUGUGCUCCAGAUCAAUGUCCUCCAAGCCAAGAAGAAGUUUGAGAUCUUAGAUUCUAUGCUGUCCUUCAUGCAUGCCCAGUACAGCUUCUUUCAGCAGGGAUAUAGCCUCCUACACCAGCUGGACCCCUACAUGAAGAAGCUGGCGGCUGAGCUGGACCAGCUGGUGAUUGACUCUGCAGUGGAAAAACGUGAGAUGGAGCGCAAGCAUGCUGCCAUUCAGCAGCGGACACUGCUCCAGGACUUCUCUUAUGAUGAACCAAAAGUAGAGUUCGAUGUGGAUGCGCCCAGUGGCGUGGUAAUGGAGGGUUACCUCUUUAAGAGAGCCAGCAAUGCCUUCAAGACAUGGAACCGGCGCUGGUUCUCCAUUCAGAACAGCCAGCUGGUCUACCAAAAGAAGCUCAAGGAUGCACUGACGGUGGUGGUAGAUGACCUACGCCUAUGUUCUGUGAAGCCAUGUGAGGACAUUGAGCGGAGGUUCUGCUUCGAGGUCGUGUCACCCACCAAGAGCUGCAUGCUUCAGGCUGACUCUGAGAAGCUACGGCAGGCUUGGGUGCAAGCUGUGCAGGCCAGCAUUGCUUCUGCCUACCGAGAGAGCCCAGACAGCUGCUACAGUGAGAGGCUGGACCGCACAGCAUCACCAUCAACGAGUAGCAUUGACUCCACAACGGAUUCUCGGGAGCGUGGAGUCAAAGGCGAGAGUGUGCUGCAACGAGUGCAGAGUGUGGCCGGCAACAGCCAAUGUGGCGACUGUGGCCAGCCAGAUCCUCGCUGGGCCAGCAUCAACCUGGGUGUGCUGCUCUGUAUCGAGUGCUCAGGCAUCCACAGGAGCCUGGGUGUCCACUGCUCUAAAGUGCGGUCCUUGACACUGGAUUCCUGGGAGCCAGAACUCCUAAAGCUGAUGUGUGAGCUUGGAAAUAGCACCAUGAACCAGAUCUAUGAGGCCCAGUGUGAGGGCCCAGGCAUUAAGAAGCCCACAGCCAGUAGCCCCAGGCAGGACAAGGAGGCCUGGAUCAAGGACAAAUAUGUUGAAAAGAAGUUUCUACGGAAGCUGCCCUCUGCACCAACCCGAGAAGCCCCAAGACGCUGGAGGGCACAGAAGUGUCAGCAUCCCCACAGCUCCCCUCAUGCCCCCACCGCUCGCUUCAAAGUCCGGCUUGAGCCAGUCCUGCCUUCCAUCGCUGCUCUGUCCUCAGCCGGUACUGUGGAGCGCAAGUUCCGCCGGGACUCCCUCUUCUGCCCUGAUGAGCUGGACUCUCUCUUCUCCUACUUCGAUGCAGGGGCUGCUGGGGCUGGUCCACGCAGUCUAAGCAGUGACAGCGGCCUGGGAGGUAGCUCUGAUGGCAGUUCAGAUAUCCUGGCCUUUGGUGCGGGCUCUGUGGUGGACAGUGUCACUGAGGAAGAGGGUGCUGAGUCUGAGGAGUCCAGCAGUGAGGUGGAUGGGGAAGCUGAAGCUGAGGCCUGGAGCCUGGCAGAUGUACGAGAGCUGCAUCCUGGGCUACUGGCACACCAAGCAGCUCGGACUCGUGAUCUCCCUGCAUUGGCUGCAGCACUGGCCCAUGGAGCAGAAGUCAACUGGGCUGAUACAGCAGACGAGGGCAAGACACCACUGGUGCAAGCUGUGCUAGGGGGUUCCUUGAUUGUCUGUGAGUUCCUCUUACAAAAUGGAGCUGAUGUGAACCAAAGAGACAGCCGAGGCCGGGCACCCUUGCACCACGCCACACUCUUGGGCCGCACUGGCCAGGUUUGCCUAUUUCUGAAGCGGGGGGCUGACCAGCAUGCCCUGGACCAGGAACAGCAGGACCCGCUGACCAUUGCAGUACAGGAAGCUAAUGCUGACAUCGUCACGCUGCUUCGCCUGGCUCGCAUGACUGAGGAGAUGCGAGAGGCCGAGGCACCUUCUGGCCAACCAGGCCCCCUGCCAGGCAGCAGUCCCACUGAACUACAGUACCGCAGGUGCAUCCAGGAGUUCAUUGGUCUCCACCUGGAGGAGAGCUAGGGCCUGGCAGGCCGGGCAACCGUGGGAUCCCUGCCCUGGCCCCGGCCCCGGCCCAGAAAUCCUGCAUGUCCCUGAAGACCCUAGCCCCUCAUCUAGCCACAGCCCUGCCUGUGACAACCAUGAGCCCAUCCUGACAGCCCCAGAAACCUGGCACUCCUGGAGUCUCCACUCUCCUGCUCUCCUCCCUCCUUCUGGCUGCUCUGAUACUCAGCCAAAGGAGAGGUAACUAAGCACUGAGUCUUUUAUAGCCCCACAUUUGGGGUGGAGGGGUGCUGCAUCAUCUGGUGCCCCUCAUCCCACCUGGGAAACCUUUGUCUUCAGGUGGCUCCUUCAGGGGUCUGGGCUGUUCCUGGCACAAACCACUCAAGGUCCAUGUCACCAUGUGCCCCUCUGCCCUCAGGGCCUAUGUCACCUUGUGCCCCUAUGUUUACUGCCCUAGAAAACUGACCUGCUAGCUGGGUCCUUCCUACAUACCCUACAGAGCUCUUCCUCCAGCCUGGGGCUGGUGGCUGGCCACCAGCACCUUCCCUGGCAGGAGUGGCAGCUCACCCAGGGAAUCAACCUGAGUACCUCGCUCAGUGACCCCAGCAUCCAGGUUGGGCUUUGCAGGUGCUGGGAGUGGAGCUUUGGCCCAGACCUUACACCUUGGCUGGAUGCAGGCAUCCCAAGGCCACAUGGUUGGCCAUUCAGGUCCUUGUGCCUGAGACCCUAGACCCACCUGCCUCCUCCAGAGGCACUGUCUCUGGUAUACUUGGGCCAGAACCCAUGCAUAAAGCAACUGGCACCUUUCACCCUGUGCCCAAUGUUCUUUGUUACUGACUGAGUGGAUUUUCUACAAUGACCUCGUUCUGAUUUUAUUUGCGUCUUUUUUUCUGUGGACCCUCAAGGACCACCCUGAUACCAGCUCUGCCUGCUACUGGGGAGGCCCACAUAGAUCUUCCCUGCCCUGCCCCCCAGCCUUAUUCCUUGGGCUGGGCCUCUGAGAGGUCCAGGGGUUCCUUAUUUGGGAGCCCCACCAAUGCCUUCAAUGUCCCCUUUUCCGAAGGAGUCCCAGGACAGAGGCUGGGGCCCUCUGCAUACUUUGGGCCCUUGGUUAGGUCAAGGCCAGUCAGCUGGUUACUAUGCAAACACUGCCCUGGGAGCAUCCAUGGGCAGUAAGGUGGGCACUGGACCAGGGCCUCUGACUCCCCUGCUUGUCGGCUGUGGCCCUAAAGUGCAAAAUCAGCUCCUUUCUCCUGCUUGAGCUCUGCCCACUGCCUACCCCAUCACCUUUGGGCUGGCAGGACCCCACUCCUUCCUGCUCUGAUCACUCUCGGUUAAUAAACCUCUGCCGCUUGCA